AAGUUAAACCUACUUUUGUCAUUUCAUAACAAGAGAUAGUUGUACCAGUACAGACAAAACAUUUUGAUCUGCGGUACUUGGCAAGCAGUGCGGAUCUUUUGACACACAGGCGAUGAAUCGGUUAGUUGUUGUUGCCAUUGAUUUUGGGACAACUUACUCGGGAUGGGCGUUUUCAUACAGGCAUGAGUAUGAACGGGAUCCACUCAAAAUAUCAGCACAGACCUUUAAAGGAAAUACUUUAUCACAUAAAGUUCCAACCUGCAUUUUGAUCAAAUCUGACGGAAAAACUGUAGACUCUUUUGGUUAUAAUGCUGAAAAUAAAUAUGCAGAAAUAUGUGAAGAGAAAGAACAACGUCUCUGGUUCUUCUUUAAAAGAUUUAAAAUGAUGCUUUUUAAAGAUAAGGGCAUGACAAGACAUGAUACAAUUGAAGAUGAGACUGGUAAGAAACUACCGGCAAUAAAGGUUUUCAAGCUAUCUAUUGAUUGCUUAGUGAAAGAUGUUCUUGAUACUCUAAACAAUCAUGUUGACUCUCGUAUAUACGUCUCUGAUAUACACUGGGUUCUUACUGUUCCUGCAAUAUGGAACGAUGCAGCUAAACAGUUUAUGAGAGAGGCAGCAGAGAAGGCAAGGAUUCCAGGAAAGAACCUUUCCAUAUGUCUUGAACCAGAAGCAGCCUCGGUUUAUUGUCGUCAUCUUCCAGUUUCUAAAGAAGUAGCAUCGCUUGGCCAGUUUUCAUCAGGAACGAAGUAUCUUGUUCUGGAUGCAGGAGGAGGUACAGUUGAUAUAACUGUACAUGAAGUGACAGACCAGGGAAACUUAAAGGAACUUCAUAAAGCAAGCGGAGGUGAUUGGGGAGGAACUAAAGUAGACGAAGCAUAUGAAGCGUUCCUUACAAGUAUUGUUGGUCCUAGUAUUAUUUCAACAUUCAAAACGAAACAUUUGGAAGACUACAUCGAACUUUGCCGUAACUUUGAAAAAGACAAACGACAAAUUUCUCCGACGAAACGAGACGGAAAGGUGACGAUGCGUGUAAUACCAUCCCUUUCUAAACUUUGCAAAGACUUGGCAGGACUUGACUUUACAGAAUUAUUUCUUCAGUCAAAAUUCAGUAGCAACAGCAAAGUUGUGGGUGACAAGUUGAGAAUAAAUGCUGAAGUCUUCGCUGAGUUUUUCAAACCAACCGUUAGCAAAAUAAUCAGUCAUAUUGCAGAUUUACUGACCAAACCUGCUGUUCAGGGCUGUGCUGCCAUACUCAUGGUUGGUGGGUUUUCCGAAUCACCUAUGUUGCAAGAGAAUGUAAAGUCCUCCUUUAGAAAUAUGAAUGUUAUCGUUCCAGACGAUGCAGGAUUAGCAGUUUUAAAAGGAGCUGUCAUCUUUGGUCAUGAGCCUACAACAAUAAUUGAGAGGAUAUGUAAGUAUACAUAUGGGUAUGCAACAAGUCAUAGGUACAAUGAUAGAUGCAAUCAUCCAAAAGGAAGAGUUGAAAAGGAUAGAAAUGGUGAUCUACGAUGUUAUGAUAUCUUUGCUAUUCAUGUAAAAGCUGGACAGUCUGUCAAAGUGGAUGAAGAACAACCAGAAAGCAUCGGCACUCUUGUUACCGAUGAUCAAACUUCUUUCGUCGUCAAUGUAUAUGCAUCCUCUUCAACAAAUCCGCGGCUUACUACAGAAGAUGGAUGCAGUCUCAUUGGAAAAUUAACGGUACCUAUUUCUGACACAAGCUCUGGAAGAAAACAUGAAUUUGGAAUACGUUUUAUUUUUGGUGGUACAGAAAUUUUUGUUAAAGUCGUUGAUAAGGAAUCCGGUGAAAUUAUGCUAAAAUCUGUCGAUUUUCUUGGAUAGAAUUAUACCCAACUAAAUCAGAACACAUGACAGACAUUAAUAUGUUUCAUUGUUUAAUUUGUUUGCUAGCAUGAAAAAAUAUUAUUCUUCUGCGUUCAUAUCACAAGCUUUACAUCAUAUUGGUAAAGAUUGCUAUUUAUAUAUUAUAUAACUUAACUCUGUAAAGCAUUCCAUUUUCUGUCGUGAGACGGCAUUUGAAUGCAUUUGAUAUUGCAGCAUCCAUUAGUCUUACUAACUAUUGCAUGAUUUUCUUAUUAUCAUACUUGUAAGUUAGAAAAUGCACUGAAACAUGUGUACCAAAUGAUAAUACAAACUUCUGAAAUCAUUUAAACUCUUAAAUUGCUACUUAUAUACUAGUGAAAUGCAAUAGAUAAGAAUUUGUUUCUGAAUAAUUUUUCCAUUAGUAUGAUUGAAUUGUAUUCAACAUUUCCUUUUGUGCUAGAAUAUAUGUUUAUUUUAAGUCUUACAUACAUGUAUUAAUCAGAAGAAAGAAACUAACA